AUGCUGCGAUCGACGAUAAGAAAUACCCACAGAAUAACUCAGCUAAGAACGCUAUCAACUGAGCAGCAAAAGCCACGGAAAGUUAGCACGUCUGCUUGGGUAAUUGGUGGUGCAAUCAGUGCAUUCUUAGGAGGAUAUGCUAGUGGCUCUAUGGCACCACCUACGAUACUCACAUUGUUAUAUCCACGUCCCUCUCCACCUGCACCACCAUCUCAUACCCCAGAAGGUGCGGCCUUCACUUCCAACUUGGAAUCCCAAUUGCAGGAAUUGAAACACGUAAAAGAACUACGCAAUGAUAAUGAAUACUACGAGUCACGCCCUUAUGCUAAUUUACCGGAUGAGAGACGUGUUAAUAGCCUAACUGCAGGUGCGUUACGUGCUCCCGGCAGAUUGACAUUACCACCUAUUGUUUUCUCAAAAUGGGACGAAAGUGAGGCAAUUAUAACACUUCACGUUGGCAGAGGACUUUGUGGACAUGAUGGUAUAACACACGGUGGUCUUAUCGCUACACUCUUCGACGAGAGUCUAGCAAGAACUGCUAUUUUAUCAUUGCCCAACAAAAUUGGCGUUACUGCAAAUCUCAAAGUAAAUUACAGGGCACCACUAAAAGCUGAUCAAUUUGUCGUCAUCAAAAGCACGUUAAAGAAGUUGGAUGGUAGGAAAGCCUUCGUACAAGCUUCAAUAACGGAUUUGGAGGGUAAACUCUAUGCUGACGCUGAUUCACUAUUCAUUGAACCAAAAUAUGCAUACCUUCUGAAAAAUUCAGGCGUAACACAAGCAAUUGGCGGUAAACCGGAGAAAUUCUCAAAUGAGGAGAGGUUUUAACAGGUAGACCACAAUUUAUUAGACAUUUUUACAUUUUGUUUUUGCAUAUAUCUUAAUCCCAAGGAUUUGGUUCUCGAUAACUAAACGAAUAACUUUCUGGAUGAUUUUGUGCAAUUGUUGUGUCAUUCUCGUUGUCAUCAUCUUCAUUAUCAUCUUCAUGCUCCUCAUUAACUUCAAUAUUGGGUAUACUUUCAUUUAUAUUACUGAGGCUUUUACGAGUGCGCACUCCCUCCCGACCUCUCUGCUCAGCAUCGAUAUCUCGCGAUUGGUUUGGCGAUAGAAGCCGACUGGCUGCGCUACUCUUGUUAGCUAAAACUUGAUUCUCUAUGUCUCUUCGUAGGCGUGUCUCUUC